GCCGUCGCCAUUUUAGCGUUUUGUCAGAAGCGUCUGCGCCGCGAGGAAGAGCCCCUGCUGGUUUCCGUGCGGGCUGUGUCGAGAUGGUGAAGCUGUUUAUUGGUAACCUGCCCCGGGAGGCCACAGAGCAGGAGAUCCGCUCACUCUUCGAGCAGUAUGGGAAGGUGCUGGAAUGUGACAUCAUUAAGAACUACGGCUUUGUGCACAUAGAGGACAAGACGGCGGCCGAGGAUGCCAUACGCAACCUGCACCACUACAAGCUGCAUGGGGUGAACAUCAAUGUGGAAGCCAGCAAGAAUAAGAGCAAAACCUCCACCAAGUUGCAUGUGGGCAACAUCAGUCCCACCUGUACCAACAAAGAGCUUCGGGCCAAGUUUGAGGAGUAUGGUCCAGUCAUCGAAUGUGACAUCGUGAAAGAUUAUGCCUUCGUGCACAUGGAGCGGGCAGAGGAUGCAGUGGAGGCCAUCAGGGGCCUUGACAACACAGAGUUUCAAGGUGGGAUGUGUGUGGGCUGAAAUUCCGAGCUGCGGUUGUGCAUGAGAAUACACCCUUCGUGGUACCCCAUCUCCGGGACGUUCUCGGCUCUGUACGUUCAGUCCCUCAGGAACCGUGGACCUUAAUUUACCUUGCUAAAUUCAGACCACCUCUUCCUUUCCUCUUUCCUGCCCAUUUUCCUGUUCUUCCUGUUCUUCAAUACUUCUGUAGUUUCCCAUUUAUGUUCUGUUCUCCCAGCAGGCCUCAUUGCGUGCAGAAACUGUGGUGGGGGGUGUGCUGUCUCCCUGCCUCCUGCUUCCGGUGGGUGUUGGACUUGGGAAUGACCUUGGUGAGAGUGUCACUGCUCCUGAGUCUUUUUGGCCCAAAGGCUUGUGGCGGGUAGACA